AAGCAAGUAUUCAAAUUUUCCAGUCGUCGCUGAGGUUUGGAAAAAAACUGGCAUUCCUUGUUUGACCCGACGAAGGAAAAGACCCUUCCUUCUACAGAUCUCAUCUUGACACCUACUCUUUUCUUUUAUUUCACCAUUACCUCUUUUUUUUCUUUAAAGUUUCGUUGCUUUCUCUCUUUAAUUUUGGCUUUGAAUUUUCAAUCCAUAUCAUAGUUUUUCUUCUCUUUUAAGGGCUGUCUUUCUCUUCAUUUCUCUGUGGAGAGGCCGAUUGUUCUUCACUGUUCUGAUAUUAGCUUGUUUCUAGCUUUCUUCGAUAUCUUCAGUUUGGGUUCUUGAAAUCUCAGGUUUUACUGUUCUGAAGUUGGGCCGUCAUAAAGACGGUUAUUUUGGAGCUCUAACGUGUAACAGAUAGCAAUUUGAGGGAUUCUUUUAGCAAAGUUUUAUGGCUAUCUUCAUGAACAUGGUGUUGGGUAGACAUUUUCUCAAGAUUUUAAUUAGCUAUGGCCUCUGGUUGUUGCUUAGCUGUAGUUUGAGCAGUUGUACUGAGACUGAUGUUGCUUGCUUGAAGAGUAUAAAAGCCUCACUUGAAGAUCCUUUUAAUUACCUGAAGUCUUCGUGGGACUUUAACAACAACACUGAAGGAUACAUUUGUAGAUUUAUUGGGGUUGAAUGUUGGCACCCUGAUGAGAACAAGGUCUUAAAUCUCCGGCUUUCAGAUAUGGGGCUCAAGGGUCGGUUCCCUGUUGGAAUCCAGAAUUGCACGAGCAUAACUGGUGUUGAUCUUUCAAGCAACAACCUCGUUGGACCUAUUCCAGAUAAUAUCUCUGCAAUCAUUCCUUUUGUGACAUCUCUUGAUCUCUCAUCCAACAAUUUUUCAGGAGGAAUUCCAAAGGCUCUAGCAAAUUGUACCUAUUUGAAUAUUCUAAAACUCGGCCACAACCGGUUGUCGGGUCAAAUCCCUCCAGAGCUUGGUUUGUUAGCUAGGAUUAAAACAUUUAGUGUGGCUAAUAAUCUUCUUACUGGACCAGUGCCAACAUUCCAAAAUGCCAACAUUUCAAGGGAAGAUUAUGCAAAUAAUCCUGGGCUCUGUGGGGGGCCUUUGGAUCCCUGCCCCGGAUCUUCAAAGAGUCCUCACACUUAAUCCAAUCUAAAAUUUUCUUUUUUAGUAUUUUAUUAUAAUUGUUGUCAUAAUCUUAAUUUGUAGUAUGAUUAAAAUUCUUAAUUAAAUAAA